UUUGUCACGCAGCCAGAAAGGUCUCCGUUUCUCUUCAAAGAAAGUAAACUAACUUCAUCCAAUCUUUGUCAAUGACACAGCAGAGUCUCUGCAAACACUGACUUCAGAUCAGAACAUGGACGUGUGUUUAGAGGACGAGGAGGAUGGAGCAGAGUCUCCUGUACCCAGCUGUCUGUCUAUGAAGAGUGAUCUGUCCAAACAUGAACCUCCAUACUUCAGUAAAGAACCUGGACCCUCAGACACAAAGGGGACGAAGAGGACUCAUGUUAUAGAGGAGCAGCCGUCCUGUCCUGUGUGUCAGGACGUCCUGAAGGAUCCCGUUUCUACCAGCUGUGGACACUGGUUCUGCAGACAGUGCAUCACCUCAUACUGGGACCAGUCUGGUUCACCACGAGACUCGUCCUGUCCUCAGUGUGGAAAAAGAUCCAGAACAGGACCUGGACUGCAGACAGUCAGUCAGAGCAGCACUGAACAAAUUGAUAGAGGUCUGCAGGAGGUUACAGAUGAACAUAAGGUCAGUCUGAGGAGGAGAUGUGAACGUGUGACUGAAGGAAGUGAUGAAACAGGAAGUAGAACCCUCCUCAACAGGAUCUACACUGAGCUCUACAUCACAGAGGUCAAACCAGAGACUCUUAAGAGGCCUGAUGGUCAGACAGACAACAGUCCAGAUAUGAUCCAAAGAGUCAUCAACAACCUGAAGAGAGAAUAA